AACAGCAAAUUAAAAGGAAGAAAGCAGCGGGCUUGGCAACAAAGGCUGCUGGUGUCAGCUUCAUGUACCAGCCAGAGGACGGCAGCAGUGAAGGGGAAGGCAUGGGAGUGGCUGGUGAGGGGGGAGGUGCGGACGCCAGCGAGGAAGACCCGACACCGGCCAGGGAGGAAGACAUUAAAGACGCCGGGGAGGAGGGAGGUGUGGACUCCUGGGAGGAAGACCCAACACCGGCCAGGGAGGAGGACGGUGCGGACUCUGGGAAGGAAGACCCGACACUGGCCGGGGAGGAGGAUGGUGCCGACACCAGCGAGGAAGAUCCGAUACCGGCCGGGGAGGACGAUGGUGCAGACGCCGGGGAGGAAGAUGAUACAGUUACCGAUGAAAAGGCAGCUAGUGUUCUAAAUUUUUUGAAGUCAACACAGGAAAUGUAUUUUUAUGACGGUGUCUCCAGAGAUGCAGCUUCAGCCGCCCUCGCCGAUGCCGCUGAGGAACUGCUGGACCGUCUUGCAUCACACAGCAUGCCGCCCUCAGACGUGUCCAUCCUGCACCACCUGAAAACACUGCUGCUUCUGCAAGAUACUGAGAGAUUGAAGCGUGCUCUGGAAAUGUUCCCAGAACAUUGCACGAUGCCUCCUGGUAAGUACCGUACAAUUUAUUCAAGGUCCUGCUUAAGAUACUCUCAUCGAGGUUUGCCUCUAAAAGACUUACAUGCCACCAAAACAGCAAUGAGCUGGAAAAUAUGACGCUGCACAUAUGGCGUGGGAGAAUGGAGUCCCACAGAGAAACAGGCUUCCUGCAUCUCUGCUUGAUAUAAAAAUAUUUCACAUAAUAUAUGCAGAAACGCAUGUGCAGUCUGAGUUUCCGGACUUGGGAGCUAUCAACUCUUGGAGCCAAAUUUUCCUAAGUUUCAAUAGAAGUAAAUUCAUUUCUUCCUCUUUUCCUUCUCUCUAUUGGUGUAGUAGAUGGUAAAUUUUUGCUGGCUUCCAACUGUCUGGUACCUUAUUGGACCCCUGACGUGGUGAUGAUGACUUAUUUUCCACCACAUCCACUGGGCAUCCUUUUCAUGUAAACUGUUGUGUGCUGGGGCAGCUGUGCUCAUGUCUUCCCAAUGCCAUGUGUGGUGACACAAGCUGUGGUGAGGGUAUUCGGGCCACAGAAACUGGCAAAUGCUGAAAAUCUGAAGUCCAGGCUGUUGAGCCAUUCACCUGCACACCACUGAGUGUAGAGCAGCACACUUGGCCCAGGGCCAGUGUGUGGCACCUGUCCCAGAGAAGGAGUCUCUGCAGAUUUCGUGGAGGGAGUUUCAAAGUAAGUGUCGGGGGUGGUUUCUGUGCUUAGAAACCCACAGGGUUGCUGAGGUGUCAAGACUAGCAUGUUAGAGAAGCCAGAUAAUGAACAGCGUUAUAUCACCGUGGUAUGAUGAUGCCGUGGCACAGGCGCAGGGAGCCAGGGGCUGCGGGGACCAUCAGCGUGCAGAGCAUGUGGGUGCCAGAGGAGCUGCCUUUAUGCAGAACGCCCUCCUCCGUCGAGGAGGUGUCGGCUGUGUGUUGCCCUGCGUGGUGCUCUGGGCUGUGGAGCCUGUCACUGAGGAAGCCUGGCAGGGUCCCCCCCGGGGCACUCGCUCCCUAGCUGAGGAGCUGGAAAAGAAGGACAAGAAGCCAGAUACACGGUGAGAUGCGUCGUAGCGCUCCAGGUAGAUCCUGGGGAUGAGGCUGUGGAGGAGUGGGAAGAGGAGGUGUUUUUGCAGCCAAGUGCACAUGUGCUGAGGUGGGUGAACCCGUGUGUUUGGGGAGCUGCCAAGAGCCCGGUGGCUGGACCAGGGGAUGGAUGUGAGUCGCAGAAGGUGCAGAAGGUGGAGAGGUGACAGGGCCAGGCACAUGGGAGGAGCCUGGUGGCUGGACCAGGGGGUGCGGAUGACAGGGCCAGGUGCAUUGAGUGAGUCUCAGAAGGGGGAGAGGUGACAGGACCAGGCACAUGUGCAGCCUUGUGGGCUUCUACGCAGAGACAGGAGGUUCCUGGAGGCUAUGAGGCUUCUGGGCUGUUAUCUUGAGGCUGGAUGGAGGGCAUGGAGAAUGGAGACCAGGUGGGUGCUGCUGAGGACC